AUGACACACUCAUCCACAAAUCACCAACGUGUCCUAAUACAACGAUCCACCAACGAUGUUCAUUCGUUACUGCUGAGAAGUUCAUCGAACAUCAAACCGGCUCGUGAAGUAUCGCUUCGUGUAAAAUUUAUCCGGCUCGGCGAAGUCAUUACAUUACACGAGAAAUUCUACGCUGAAGUUGUUAUCGAAGCACGAUGGUUGUACGAUCCAACAGCAGCAUCGUGGAAUCCGAAUCUUUAUAUAAAAAAUGCAUUGGGCGAUGUUAAACAGGAAAUCAUUAGUGAAUUUGUGGAUCAUUUAGAUGAACCAGUCAAACCUGAUAGUACUACUUGCGAUACGAUCUAUGUUUGGGAAAUACGCAAAGUGGUCGGUACAUUUUGGGAAAAACUUGAAUUGAACAGUUUUCCAGCUGAUGUUCAACAGUUGUCCCUACAAAUUGUGGCCAGUUGUCCAACAGAUGAAUGCAUUCUUGUUGAAAAUCGUUUUCAACCCUCAAUUGUCAAUCGCGAAGCUUUUCUAGCCCAACAAGAAUGGUUUCUCUAUGAACAUAUCGAAACACGUUCGACAAUAACAACUGAAGAUUUCAGUUUUCGACCAAUUCGUCAAUCCACAUAUCUAGUCACAUGUUACGUUGCCCGACGACCCGGUUAUUUCUAUUGGAACGUUUAUCUUCUGAUUUUUCUCAUUACAUUCAUCGCGCUGACUGUUUAUGGUGUGGCUCCCGACCUUCCACAAAGUCGUCUUCAAAUCACUUGUUCGUAA